UCAGACAGGAUCUCCAUUAACGAUGGCAGCAGUUCCCCUGUCCCUGUCUGCUGAUCAGUACUCCUGCUUACUGUGCAAGGAGGUCCUGAAGGAGCCGGUCACCAUCCUGUGUGGACACAGCUACUGUAUGUGCUGUAUUAAUGAUUGCUGGGACCAGACGGAUACAGAGGGGGACUACAGCUGUCCUCAGUGCAAAAAAACAUUUAACGUGAGGCCCGAGCUGAACAGAAACAUCAUAUUGGCAGAACUGAUCGAGAAACUGAAGGAGGUGACAGCUCAUGCGGGCCCGUCUCAGAGUUACGCUGGACCUGACGAUGUGCCCUGUGACAUUUGUCCAAGGAGAAAACGGAAAGCUUCAAAGACCUGCCUAACCUGCAUGGCCUCCUACUGCGACACUCACCUGCAACCCCACUUGGAGUUUCCGGCCUUCAAGAGACACAAAAUAAACGAGGUGACUGAAAAACUUGAAGAGAAACUCUGUGCAAAACACCAGAAAGUCCUGGAGAUCUUCUGUAAGACCGACAAGAGCUGCAUCUGCUUACUGUGUGCGGCGACUGAACAUAAGAGUCACGACACGGUGACACCGGAUGUGGAGAGAGCUGGGAGACAGAGUCAGGUGGAAAACAGGCAGGCUAAAAUAAAAACGAGAAUCGAGGAGAAAGAGAGUGAACUGGAGGAGAUGAAGGAGAUGGUAGAGAGGAUUCAGAGCUCUGCAGAGAAGGAGGUGCAGAACCUCAAGGAGACCUUCAACUCAGUACUUGAGUUCCUUGAGAGGCUGAGGUCAAAGGUCACUGAGGUCAUUACAGAUUACAAGAGGAGGGAAGUGAGAAAGGCUGACGAGCUCAUGGAGCGACUAAAGAAGGAGAUCGAGGAGCUUAAGACGAGAGAGGCUGAGCUGGACGAGCUUUCACAGACAGAGGACCACAUCCACUUUUUACAGAAGUUUCCAUUCCUCUAUGCUCCUCCUGAAGGUGGACAUUCAUCCAACAGCACUCUUAACAGAGACUUCCUCCCUGAGACAUUGAGGAAGGACCUUUCUUACCUGAAGAGGAGCCUGGAGGAGAUCAGAGGCUGGGAGUUUGUGAAGACCACUGAGACUGGGGCUGACAGUCCAGGCUGUAUCCUACAGAAUCUGAGAAGUAGAAAUUACCUCUUAAAAUACUCCUGUCCACUCACGCUGGACCCCAACACGGCAAACAGACAGCUCCGCCUGUAUGAAGGGACAAGGAGGGUGACAUGUGAGGAAGCAACGUCACCGUAUCCUGAACAUCCUGACAGAUUUGACUGUUGGCAACAAGUUCUGUGCAGAGAAGCUCUGACUGGGACUCGUUGGUACUGGGAGGUCGAGUGGAGUGGAGAUGAGGUUAUAAUUGGAGUGACAUAUAAAGGAAUUAAACGGAAAGGCAGAGAUACAGAAUGUCUCCUUGGAUUCAAUGAUAAGUCCUGGAGUUUUAGGUAUUCUAAUUCCCUUUACUUAUUUUAUCACAAUAAAAUAUCUACUACAACCAAAGUACCCAACAGUCACACAAUCGGUGUGUUUCUGGACUGUCCCGCUGGCUCUCUGUCAUUUUAUAGCAUCUCAGACACAAUGACCCUCCUGCACAGUUUCAAGACCACCUUCACUGAGCCGCUGUAUCCAGCGUUUUGGGUUAAACUUAACUCCAGUGUGACAAUCUGCUCUCUGAACUGGCUUGACCGGUGACCAGUGUUCUACAGGUCACUUCUGUCACAAAGGCUGCAUUGUAAUUUUAGAGUCAAAAGGAAAAUUCCAUAUUCUUGGUGUCUCUCUCUCUCUCUCUCUCUCUCUCGCACACACACACACACACACACACACACACACACACACACACACACACACACACACACACACACACACACACACACACACACACACACAUUGUUCACUCACUGGCCACCCUUCAUUCCUCCUCCCAGAGUCACCUUGGACAUCUCUGGUCAGUCAAGUCUCAGUCCUUCAACUGUAGUCAUUAUCAACCAAACAAUGAGAAAAAAAUCCUGACAUCACUCUGUAAUAAACUCAACAUCUGUUGACUCCAAUGCCCUAAUUUAAGGUCACUGUUCUUACUGACCAGAUGGUGGCACACUCUUAAAGCUUUCAAAUUUAACACUCAACUGAUGUAGAAUAGCAGUCAAAAAUGUAGACACAGAAGGGACAUAGAGGUCAACUCCCUGUUGUCUAAAAUAUGAAAUCUUGAUCGCGUUUGUAAUUAUUGAAGAGUGAAUGCAAAUUAGAGAUCAGAACCGACUGGUAAACCUAUUUGAUUGUAUUUAUUUUACUUUAAUUCAGUCUAGGAACACAGUGGUUAACACUGCUGCCUCAUACCUUCAGGAACUUGGGGUCUAAUACCAGCUUGGCCACUGUCUGUGUGUAAUUUUCAUUUUCAUCAAGUGCCCAUAUGGAGUUGUAUCUCUUAAGAUUCCAGUUUCUGUCUCAGAUCCCAUAGUCCUGUGUGUCUGGUUAAUUGGGUGUGUAUAUUAGUGCACCCUGUGAUGAAGUGGCAUCACCUCCCAGGUAGAUCUCCUGUUUUGUGCCUGGGAUAGAUUGGUGCGUCUCAUGACCCUGUUUCUUAUUGUGGGGUUAGUGGAUUCACCACAUUUGUUAUGGGAUGUCCUACUAUUGCACCAUAAGAUUAGCACACAGGCAAGUAAGCCCUGUGCUGCUUGUACAGCCUAUCACUCUUCAGUCCUUCACAUAGGGACUCAACAGCGUUGUAAUGCACAACACACUCUACUAUCUUUUUUUUAUCCUUUAAAUCACCAUAUACAAUUUGUUGUAUUUUGAAUUUGUCAUUUUUCACCAACCCCAAGUUACUCUUCACGUACAAACACAGAGAGAUGUUAAAUGACAGAGGACCAGGAGGUGAAUGUGAGACAACAUUUGUGCCAGUUUUGUUCACGGGAGGUCAAAAAAACUAAACCCAGGAAUCAAAAUCAUACAGAAUGAAGCAACAGUCAAAAACAGGAAUCAAGGAAAUCUUCUGUUAAAACCAAAAAAACAAGAGCAAGGAUUUCUUAAGAGGGAAGCAAUCAAAAAGAAAAUGUUUGGAACAGCUAAUUAAGGGUUUAUAUUUAGAACUAUGUUCAAAAUGUAAAAAAUAUAGGAUGUGUGCAUGCUGACUAGAAACAAUGUAGAGUAGAAAAAAAUGCAGGCCCAGAUGUCCAACCAGUAGAAUUAUAUGAAAAGUUCUCAACUCAGAUACAGCCUUUAUUGUUAUUAAUGCUUGUAGAAAUAAUAAAAAUAAUAUUUUUCAAAAAA